AUGGAUGUACUGCGAGCCAACAAUGCAGGCGGCGAGAAUCCCUUCAAGCGGCCAAUGAAUGCCCUGCAGAAGCAGUGGUAUCGCGUCCUUCUGGCCCGCCGAGUGGGAUUCGGGCAACGCCCUCCUCCCGAUGAAAGGGAGCUAACCUACGCCGACAUUUGUCGUAAGCGUUAUACGGCCGCGUUCCGGCGAUACAACGAACGUUUCCGCCGGGAAAUGGCCAGUCACGAGGAGAUGCAACGAUGCGCCAUCGAUGCCAUGAGGGUUCACAGAACCUUUGCCAUAACAACUUUCUGGCUGCCAUUGCAUUCGAAGCGGGAAAUCAACUCUACGCUGGAGACCCUCGAACAGGUUCUCACCGCGAAGGAAAGACGACGCCUGCAGGAGAUACUCAAACAUCGCUGA